GCUGUAAACGGGGCCCUCGAGUGCGGGCCAGGACAGUUUCAUUCGACACGGGAAGCUGUUUCAGCGGGGGAAUAGAAGUUUCGUCCCUUCGUUCCUCGUUCGCUCCGCUUCGGCGCUUCCCACGUUUCCGAUCGCCUUGAGGCCGAGCGAAGCGUAGCUUGCUCAAGAGAUCCAAGUCGUUUUUUGCAGCCAUACGAACUGUUCAUGUUUUUUUUUUCUGUGCAGAGAUUGACGAGCCCUCGCCCUCUCCCUCUCCCUCUCGGGGGCGUUAGUAGCUGAGGGAGUUGGCGACCGUGGCAUUGGGGUUGGGCGCUGGAAAGGGGAAGACGGUAGGUUGGCUCCCCUUUGCUGUAAUUGAUCUCAGUCGGUUUCUUCUCAUUUUCCUGCACAAUCACGGCCAUCGCCUUAUCUGGAGGCAGUAGUCACUCCAGGGAGGACAGAAAGAGGGAAGGUCCACAUAGCCAAUUCACAACGAAUUUAGGGAAUAAUGGGGUUAAAGAAGGUUGGCAAAUAUGAUGUCGGCGGAACAAUUGGACAGGGGACCUUCGCCAAGGUUAAGGUUGCUGUCAAUACAGAGACCAGUGGGAGCGUUGCCAUCAAAGUCCUUGCAAAGAAUACCAUCCUCGAGCAUAAGAUGGUCCAUCAGAUAAAGAGAGAAAUAUCCAUAAUGAAGAUUGUGAGGCACCCGAACAUAGUAAAACUACAUGAGGUUUUAGCCAGCUCAACAAAGAUAUACAUCAUCCUGGAACUUGCCACUGGUGGUGAAUUAUUUGAUAAGAUUGUACACCAACGAAGACUUAGUGAGAAUGAGUCUAGACGGUACUUUCAGCAGCUUAUUGAUGCAGUAGACUACUGCCAUAGCAAGGGUGUGUACCAUAGGGAUUUGAAGCCUGAAAAUCUUCUCCUUGACUACCAAGGAAACUUGAAAGUCUCAGAUUUUGGACUGAGUGCAUUACCCCAAAAAGGUGUUGGACUUCUUCGUACAACUUGUGGUACUCCCAAUUAUGUUGCCCCUGAAGUACUUGGUCAUCAAGGUUAUGAUGGUUCUGCUGCUGAUAUAUGGUCAUGUGGUGUCAUUCUAUUUGUCCUGAUGGCUGGAUAUCUUCCAUUUAAUGAGGUGGAUCUCCCAACUUUGUAUAAAAUGAUCAAGGCUGCAGAAUUUACUUGCCCAAUACACUUCUCUUUAGGCGCUAAGUCAUUGAUACAUCGAAUACUUGAUCCAAACCCCAAAACUCGAAUUAGCAUUGAAGGUAUUAGAAGCGAUGGAUGGUUCCAAAGAAAUUAUAUUCCCAUUCGACUGGGCAUAGAGGAAGAAGUCAAUUUAGAUGAUAUUGAUGCUGUUUUUAAUGAUAUUGAGAUAUUGAUAGUGCAAACAGUGUUUAUGCACCAUAACACCAACAAAGCUCCAAUCUCCAUGGCUUGGCAUCUGAAACAGUUUAGAUUUUCUUUUCCACAGGAUCAAUAUGUAACUGAGCAAGUGCGAGAUAAUGAUACUGGGCCUCUUAUAAUGAAUGCCUUUGAGAUGAUAACUUUAUCUCAAGGGUUGAACCUUUCAGCUUUAUUUGAUAGACGCCAGGAUUAUGUGAAACGUCAAACUCGGUUCAUUUCACGCCAACCAGCAAAUACCAUUGUAGCAACAAUAGAGGCUGUAGCAGCAUCUAUUGGUCUAAAGGUCCAUUCUCAAAACUUUAAGAUGAGGCUCGAAGGAUUAUCUUCAAAUAAGAUGCAUCAGCUUGCUGUUGUGCUAGAGGUCUUUGAAGUGGCACCUUCACUUUUCAUGGUUGAUGUUCGGAAGGUUGCUGGUGAUACCCUAGAAUAUCACAAGUUUUACAAGUCGAUGUGCAAUAAGCUGGAGAGUAUUAUCUGGAAGCCAAAAGUAGACGCUAAGUCAGGUCUUCUCAGAACAAAGACUUCUUGAUAUCAACCUGAAACACAGAUGAAUCCGUACAGAAGAAUAGUUCUGCUUGGGAACUGUCUAUCCACUGCUCGCUUCACGGCUCAGUAUUGUUUAUGAUUAGCCAAUAGAGCUUGUAGGUUGUAUCGCAUAAUGUAUCAGUGUGAUUAUGUAGCUGGUGCUAAAUGAGGUGGACAAGAUUAACGAGGAACACUGUAGUUCAGAAAUUUAGUUGUCUUGAAGGCUUCUGUAAUAGUUAUCUAAUUCAUGUU